AUGGCUGAUGCGGAAAUUACAGUCGAUAGCGAAGAGUUUUCCGACUCGGGCUAUGCAGAAUCCACAUCGACGUCAUACCUGUCUUCCAUAGCUUCUUCCAUCCUCCGCGGCGUAGACGAGAACGGCCGCAGAUAUGCAUCUUAUGGCAAAACACUGCAGGGCAUGCCGAUAGAUGAAGAAGAGCAGGAUCGCAACGACCUGCAACACGCAAAGUUCAUGCUUCUUCUUAACAGCAAGCUCCACCUUGCGCCUAUCUCAGAAGACCCACAGAAGAUCCUCGACAUGGGCACUGGCUCGGGGAUAUGGGCUAUGGAUAUGGCCGACAAGUAUCCUUCCGCUACCAUAACUGGCGUGGAUCUCGCACCUACACAGCCAACAUGGGUACCUCCGAAUCUUCAAUUCGAAAUCGAAGACAUUGAGGAAGAUUGGCUGUAUAGCAAAAACAGCUUCGACUUCAUUUUCGGCCGGGAGCUUUUGAUGGCGAUCCGCGAUUGGCCAAAAGUCAUACAGCAGGCUUACGACCACUUGAAGCCAGGAGGCUACCUGGAGUUGGAGAUGACCUACCCGAAGACCUACUGCGAGGACAACAGCAUCGACCUUGAGACUUCAGCAUACGCAGAAACGGCAAGACUGCUCUUCGAAUGCGGACGGCAGAUGAACGUACCCUGGGAAGCUUCUUUGGAAUGGAAAGAGCAGUUCAAAGCCGUAGGAUUCGAGGACGUUACCGAAACUAUUUUGCCGAUACCGAUCGGGCGUUGGUAA